AUGGCGGAGGCGACGCAGGUGCACCGCGCGCAUCGCGCGGCGCAGGCCGGCCCCAAGGCUGAGAAGGCCAAGGGACGUGACCGGCACAAGAAUGGAUUCAAUCCAAAAGCGUUCAUCGCGGCGCACCCCUUUGCGGCGGACAAGCAGGUGCGCCGCAAUGCCGAGCUCGACCAGCAGCGCCUGCAUGUGCCGAUGGUCGACCGCACGCCCGACAAGGAGCCGCCGCCGGUGAUUGUCGCAAUUGUCGGCCCGGAGGGCGUCGGCAAAUCGACGCUGAUGCGCAGCCUGAUCCGGCGCUAUACAAAGCACACGGUCGCGCACAUUGCGGGGCCUGUGACAGUCGUCGCCGGCAAGCAGCGACGCCUGACGUUUAUCGAGUGCAACAAUGACAUCAACUCGAUGAUUGAUAUCGGCAAGAUUGCCGACCUCGUUCUCCUGAUGAUUGACGGAAGCUUUGGCUUUGAGAUGGAGACGAUGGAGUUUUUGAAUGUCUUGCAGUCGCACGGCUUUCCCAAGGUGAUGGGCGUCCUUACACAUCUCGACCUGAUCAAAAAGACGCGCACACUGCGUGCGACCAAGAAGCGCCUCAAGCACCGCUUCUGGACCGAGAUUUACCAGGGCGCUAAGCUGUUUUACCUCUCGGGUAUCAUCAACGGCCGGUAUCCCGACGUCGAGAUCCAGAAUUUGUGCCGCUUUAUCAGCGUGAUGAAGUUCCGCCCGCUGGCAUUCCGCAAUGCUCAUCCCUACUUCCUCGUGGACCGCAUGGAAGAGCUUACGCCGCGCGAUUUGGUGCAGGCAUCGCCCAAGAUGGACCGUACCAUUACGGUGUAUGGCUAUUUGCGCGGCACGCAUCUGCGGCCGCAUCAGGCGGUGCACAUUCCGGGCGUUGGUGACCUCAACAUUGCCUCGAUCGAGGCAUUGACCGAUCCAUGCCCGCUGCCAACGCAAGAGAGCGAAAAGCGCCGCAAGCUGAACGACAAGGCCAAGCUCAUCCAUGCACCGAUGAGCGACGUGGGCGGUGUGAUGUUUGACAAGGACGCCGUGUAUAUCAACGUCCCGGGCCACUUUUCCAAGCGCGACCAAGACAAUACCCAGCCGGUGGGCGAAGGCGAGCAGAUGAUGAUGGAUCUACAGGACGCCACAUCGACGCUCGGCGACCGCGCUGCCCAGGGUGAGCUUCGCCUGUUGGGCGAUUCGAAUGCACCCUUGUCUGUGGGUCGCCACCGCCGCAAAGCGUUUGACGACGACGAUGACGAUGAGGAUGACGAUGAGGACGACGAGGACGAUGAAGACGACGGCGAUCCAGACGCCGAGCCGACCGAGUUCGUCGACGAGGAUGUCCAGGACGAGGAGAUUGCGUACGCGGACAGCGACUCGGACCUUGAUAUGGGCGAGAUUGCGCCGUGGAAGCACAACCUUGCGGAGCGCGCUGCCGAGACAGUGCUUGCAAACCAGAGCCGCUCCAAGAACCUGAUGAAGCUCAUCUACGACUCUGCCGAGACCCCGGAAGAGAUUGCCUACGGCACCACCGACGACGCGGAUGACGCGGAGGACGGCAUGGGUGACGACUUCCUCAAGCUCGUGUCGCGCGACGAGGCGUCGACGAGCGCCAAUGUACCCGACGAAGCGCGCCCGCCGCUCGGCAACCUGAGCCAGUGGGAGGACGAGGAGGAGCUCGAUCUCUUGCGGCCCUUGUUCAUCACCGGCGAGGAACCCGGCACGGCGCCUGCCGAGGACGGCGACGAAGAAACGACCGAGGCCGAAAAAGACGAGCGCAGUCUGGCCGAGAAGAAGGCUGCUCUGAAGCGCAAGUUUGACGAGCAGUACGACGGCGACGAGGACGAGGACGGCGACGAGGACUGGUACACGCAGCAAAAGCGCGAGCUUGCGCGCCAGGCGGAGAUGAACGAUGCCGAGUUCGCCGCCGAGGACGACGCAACGCGUAAGCAGGUGGCUGGCUUCCGUGCCGGUACCUAUGUGCGUGUUGAGCUGCAAAACGUGCCGUACGAGUUUGUCGAGUUUUUCAACCCUCUGUACCCCGUGUUGGUCGGCGGUCUGAACCCCAACGAGACCUCGAUGGGCUUCAUCCAGGCGCGCAUCAAGCGCCACCGCUGGCACAAAAAGAUCCUCAAGACCAACGAUCCCUUGAUCUUUAGUAUGGGCUGGCGCCGCUUCCAGAGCAUGCCUGUGUAUACGCUCGACGACGGCACGCGCAACCGUAUGCUCAAGUACACCCCCGAGCACAUGCACUGUCUCGCGUCGUUCUACGGCCCGACGGCGCUGCCCAACACCGGCUUCUGUGCGUUUAACUCGCUGUCGCCUGCGACGCCGUCGUUUAGGAUCAGUGCGACGGGUGUCGUGCUGAACGUCGAUGCCGGAAGCGGCGCGUCGCACAAGAUCGUCAAGAAGCUCAAGCUCACCGGUACGCCUGCCAAGGUCUUUAAGAAUACCGCCUUUAUCAAGGACAUGUUCACCUCCAAGCUCGAGGUUGCCAAGUUUGAAGGCGCACAGCUCAAGACCGUAUCGGGCCUGCGUGGUCAGGUCAAAAAGGCACUAUCCAAGCCCGAGGGCCAGUUCCGUGCGGCGUUCGAGGACAAGAUUUUGAUGAGCGAUAUUGUGUUCUUGCGCGCGUGGUACAACAUUAUUCCCCGCCAGCUGUGCAUUCCAGUCACAUCGCUCCUGAUGGAUGCCGCGCACGGCCGCGACUGGCAGGGCAUGCGCCUGACCGGCACCGUGCGCCGCGAGGAGAACCUGAAGACGCCGCUGCGGGUCAACUCGACCUACAAAAAGGUCGAACGCCCCGAAGAGCGCAAGUUCAACCCGCUGCGUGUGCCCAAAGCGCUGCAGGCUGCGCUCCCGUACAGCAGCAAGCCACACAACACCAAGGCGCAGCGCAAGCCGACCUACCUGCAGAAGCGUGCGGUGGUUAUGGAGAAGGGCGAACGCGAUACGGUGGCACUGCUGCAACAGAUGCAGGCCGUGCACCGCAACAAGGAGCAGAAGCGCCUCAAGAAGAACCAAGAGAAGUACGCCGAAAAGGAAAAGGAGCGCGCAAAGAAGGCAAAGGUCGACGUCGAGAAGCAGAAGGAACGCAUGAAGGAGAUCUACAAGGAACAGGGGCAGCGGGCUGCGAAAAAGACCAAGACAUAG